ACUAAAAUGCCGGCGCGAAAGCGUAUUAGUCUGGAGGAAGAGUAUAGUAAGCCGACUGGUAUCACUGCAGAUGAUAUUGCCAAGCUACGCCAAUGGUUGGACACUCAACCGCAUUUGCCGAAGAACCUUACCGAUCUAGAUCUGAUCCUGAUCUACCACAAAUGCGACCGCAGCAUCCAAGUCUCCAAACAGGAGAUCGAUAAUCAGUAUACCCUAAGAACGUUGUUUACAUCCUUCUUCAAGGACCGAAGCUUAAAUAAGGAUAUUGAAAAUUUCUUCCUGACCGCGCUCGUCACUAUCCUGCCGAAUCGCUCCAAGGGGGGCGAUGCGAUCUUUUACGCUAGGAUUUUGGACACAGAUGUCAAUAAGUUCGACUUCGCCACCGCUGUUAAGGGUGUCUUUAUGAUGCUGGACCUAUGGCAGUACGAGGAAGGAACAUGGCCAGGACUGAUUUUCAUCUUCGAUUUGCAAGGAAUAAAAAUGGGCUUACUGUCCAAAUUGGACAUACAGAAUAUACAACAGUUCGUAGCUUAUUUCCCUGAUGCAAUAUUAGCGAAAUUCAAUGGUCUGCACUUCAUAAAUACGCCCACGUUCAUGGACCGCGUGAACACACUCACAAAAGCGUUCUACAAGAAUGAGAAUAUUCAGAAAUUCAUCGUCCAUCAAAACGGUAGCAACACGUUAGAGCAGAUCAUUGAUAUUGAUAUCUUGCCUAAGGAAGCUGGUGGCAAGUUUAAGAGCUUAGAGGAGUGUCAACGAGAUACAUUAGAAAAAAUACGAGCAAACGAAGAUUAUUUCGUCGAAGAAAACAAGAAGAGGAUCGUUGAAGCACUAAGACCUGGAAAACAGAAGACCAUAGCUGAUUUCUUUGAUAGUGUCGAGGGCUCCUUCAAGAAACUGGAAAUUGAUUAGCAUUAGA